AUGAGGGCUGCAUCUAAAGCAAUCGGCUUGGCUGUGACCAUGGCACUCCUGGCAGCAUGCGGAGCCUCCGAGUACGAGUAUCUGAGCUGGAAGCAAGACUCGUACAACGGCGGGCGCAGCUACGGAAAGCCCCCGCAGUGCGUGGACAUCCCGGACGACCUGCGACUAUGCCACAACGUGGGCUACGGUCAGAUGUUGUUGCCUAACCUGCUGGAACACGAGACCAUGGCCGAAGCGAAGCAGCAGGCCGGCAGCUGGGUGCCCCUGGUGCACAAGAACUGCCACCCGGGCACGCAGGUAUUCCUCUGCUCACUCUUCGCGCCGGUGUGCCUGGAAAGGCCCAUCUACCCGUGCAGAUGGCUGUGCGAAGCCGUGCGGGACGGCUGCACCCCCAUCAUGGAGGCGUUUGGCUUCCCCUGGCCGGAGAUGCUUACCUGCGACAAGUUCCCUCAAGACGACGUGUGCAUCGCCAUGUCUCAACCCAAUGCCACAGAAUCCACAAAGCAGACAGGUUACUCUCCAGUCUGCCCUCCCUGUGACAAUGAAAUGAAAACAGAUGCCAUGCUGGAGCAUAUGUGUGCCAGUGAGUUUGCUUUUAAGACUAAGAUCAAGGAGGUGAAGCGAGAGAACUUGGACCGCAAGGUGAGCUUUCAGAAGAGAAAGAAAAUGCUGAAAGCAGGCACUCUGAAGAAGAAGGAUAUGAAGAAGCUGGUGAUGUUCCUGAAGAAUGGCGCAGACUGUCCAUGUCAACAGCUGGACAACUUGGGUAACCAGUAUCUUAUCAUGGGACGCAAGGUUGACAAGCAGUUCCUGCUCACGGGCAUCCACAAGUGGGACAAGUCCAGCAAAGAGUUCAAAAAGGCCAUCAAGAAACUCAAGACCCACAAAUGUCCUGCCUUCGAGAAUGUUUUCAAAUAA